AGUCGCCUUUCUUUCUGGUGCGUGUUCGACGUUUGUUUGGAAAAGUACUUUUUUGUUUGCGAUACUUCUACUUUGCUGUCUUGUCCCGCGUGAUACCUGUGUGUUCUGCGCUGGAUUACUAACGGAAGUGUGGGCUCUUGCAAGAAGAAACGCGUGUUUUGUGCGAGCAGACGACGUCUGUUUCUACGACGUCAAUAGCAGACGACGGGGUCUCGGAAUAAUUUGGGACGACGGCGCUUCCCCGACAUUUUACCUCGACUUCUAGGGUGGACAGAGAGCAUCAGCUGACAUGGCGUUGACGUGCGGAGCGAAGUGUGCGAAGGCACUUCUCAUCACUUUCAACUUCAUAUUUUGGCUGUCUGGCCUCGCCCUGAUCGGCCUGGGCGCCUUUCUUCUGAUCGACGAGCAUCGCUCCACUCUAUUCCGGCUGUUCCGGGUGGACGGCAACUACGCCCUGCUUCAGUACCUGGCCUGUGCCCUGGUUGGAACGGGACUCCUGGUGUUGCUCAUCGGAUUCCUUGGAUGUUGCGGGGCUAUCAAGGAGAACCGAUGCCUGCUCGGAUCCUAUUUCUUCUUCCUCUUUCUCAUCCUGGGAUGCGAACUUGCCAUCGGAAUAUUCGCGCUGCUCUUCCAGGAUAAGAUCACGACCGAAAUGAAGCAAGACCUCCAUAACGCACUCAUAGAUGAUUACGGGAAAACAACGCACGUAACUACGGCGUUCGACUGGGCCCAGACCAAGCUCCAGUGUUGCGGCGUCUCCGGUCCCCAUGACUACGCAGAGAGUGCUUGGAAAAGGGAGAACCUCGGCAAAGGUGACACCGUCAGCAAGACCUGCUGUCGUCUUCGAGACGAGACGGACCCCGAUGCCCAUAAGAACCCGAGACCUCUGAAUGAGACUCUUUGCCAAGAUAUGGCCAUGAUGCAGAACGCCUAUAGGCACCAGAGGGGCUGUCUGGAUGCCCUGAAAGAAUUUAUACGGCAGGAGAGCACGUUGCUCAUCGCAGUCGGAUGCGGCGUUGCCGGCCUCGAGAUAAUCGGCAUGAUAUUCGCCAUCUGCCUCUGCAAAGAAGUCCAAUAAGGAAAAGACUUGGCUCGAUUAAUUGCCACCAGAAGCCCCGUUCAACACGAAGACCGCACGAUACACUUCCGGUAGAUCACUCGUACACGAAGGCGCAACUAUCCGACGUCGUCGCCUUCUUUUCGAACACAGUUUCGGAUUUACCUCUUUCUUCUUCUUCUUCUCCUCCUUAUUUUCUCAAAAGUGUCGCAAUAUUUUCAAGAAUAGCUUACGGGCGUAUGCUUUGAUUAUGCGGUUCCGUAUAUCCGUACAGUCCUGACACCAACAUUCCCCUUGCCAUUCUAAUUAUGUCCCAAACUGAUCCGAGUUCUGACAGAAGUCGACGAAAUCGAUAAAUCCGAUGUUUCGCUAUAACCGGUAUCGUUAUAUCCGGCAAAUCCUUCACACACAAAUAUUCAACCAACUGCAACUCGGUGACAGCGAAACGCGACGAGGCCCCAUAUCCAAAGAGGCGCCAAAUGCUAAGCGUGUCGCUGUCAUCGCACUGAUAUCGCAGCGGCGCUCCACAUCCAUACGCCGAGCACAGAUUAAGUCACAGUGCACAAGGCAGAGUAACGUAGCGAUAGAUUAGAAAUGUUCGUGUCACGUGCACUGAUCACCUGCCGAGAGAAGCGAUGAGUUCCACUAGUCUUCAAUCGGAACGAGGCCCACCACUGCGGAUAUAGGGGACAGGUUCCACUCCACUUUGUCGUCGCCCUUCUCUUGACGUCACCCUGCGUCGGAAAGCGUCGUCAGUUGACUUCUCUUCCUUUUCGUUCUACUGGAACUACUAGUGGAGUUACAUGUGGGGUCAGCGGAGUAUCCACCGACCCACUAGCAUGUUGUGUGUGCGCCUUGGCACUGCCGAAACUUUUACGCGUCACAGUACUUAUAGGAAUAAAAUAUAUAAUUUCAGGGGGAAUCAAUUGGAUUCCCGCAUCGUGCGUCUCCAUGAAUAUGUGAAGGUGCAGGCACCUUCAAAUCUCCUUGCAUUUACUCAUUCCAUCAUCACUAAGAUUAUGCCGAGCAAACUAUACAUAUUUAUCAUUACAUGACAUAUUUCAACUUAAUAUAGUGAUAUGAUCGAACAUGUGUGUAUCUGAGAGAUGUAUAUCUGUUGAACGCUGUGAGGUCAUGUGAGAGAUUGUCAGCCCAUCAAUGUACGUACAUGAAUGCUAAAAGAAUUGUCAGGGUGAGACGUUUCGUGCUGCAUCGUGACACAUUUUAUCUGAGAUGUGAAAUUACGCAUGUGCUUGAACUAGCCAAAGGUUGCAUGUUAGUUCAUUGGCUACUGGUUCAGAUUGAAGACCCUGACAGCACACAAUAGUACUCCAUGUUAUCUGUACUGUACUGCUUGCGACAUACUUGUCUGAAAUCUCCAGCUGCCCCCCAUUGGCGGCGGUGUCGCGCGCGAAGGAGCUGUACCAUUUCCCC